AUGGUUUUGAAAUUUCGUUUUAAUAUUUUGACAGUAUCUUGGAUUACCUGGUUCUGUGGAUUGAGAGGAAAUGAGUUCUUUUGUGAGGUACUGUUUUCAUUCAUCAUUUUUUUUUCGGUGGAUGAGGAGUACAUCCAAGAUCGUUUCAACUUGACUGGACUGAACGAACAAGUACCAAAGUAUCGACAAGCGCUGGAUAUGAUUUUGGACUUGGAGCCUGAAGACGACAUGGAGGACAAUCCGACGAACAGUGAUCUUGUAGAACAAGCAGCAGAAAUGUUAUACGGCUUGAUUCAUGCCAGAUACAUUUUAACGAACAGAGGAAUCGGAAUGAUGGUUGAGAAAUGGCGCGAUCACGAAUUUGGUGUAUGUCCCCGUGUAUAUUGCGAAAACCAAGCUAUGUUACCUAUUGGGCUGUCAGAUGUUCCUGGAGAGGCAAUGGUGAAACUUUACUGUCCACGCUGUUGUGAUGUGUUCAUUCCUCGCUCAUCUCGUCAUCAACACACUGAUGGAAGUUACUUCGGUACUGGUUUCCCGCACAUGCUGUUUUUCGUGCAUCCUGAACUACGUCCGCGUAAACCGGCAACACAGUUCGUUCCAAGACUUUAUGGGUUCAAAAUUCAUCCACUAGCAUACAAUUUACAAUACCAGCAGGCUCCACAGGUAGCUAUUCGUUAUUAA